CCUGUUCCUGUUCCCCUGCCUGGGCAUGACCAGUACACAGGCAGCUGGAGUUGCUCUCAUCACCAGAAGCUGUGGAUGAGGACAGAGCUUCAGGAUCUCAGGCUGUGGCCUGGUUCGCGGCCAGUGCGUAACCCAGGGAAUACAAUUUCACUGUGGCGUCUUCCUCCGCAGCCUGAGCUCAUUAAUACAGUGGCUGAGCUUCCAUCCCCCAACUUCUUCCAGCUGCACCCAUUUUUUAUCUGGAAGCCUGAGAAUGACAUCAUGGUCAGGUUGAGGAACAAUUACAUGCUGCCAUGUCUCCAUGAUUGUCUUCAUCCUCAGGUGGUCUCUGCUGGUGUGGGCAGGCCUCGGGUGAUUGUUGGCACCAGUGGACAAUAUUACAUCUUCUCCUCACGACUCUGCUGCAAGGCCUGUCGGAGGAACUGGUUUGCUGACAGUCCCCGAUGGCUGGAGAAACUGCCCAAGCGCUUCACCAACCUUCUGCCUGCAUUCCUGACUUACAAGAAAGCCAUCUGCAAGUCUGUCAUGGAUGAGCUGAGGCGCACUGGCAAUUCACCAACAGACAUGGCAAACCAGGUGAAUGAGCUGAUGCACCUCAAAUAUGAGCGAGCUCACCUGGCAUACCUGCAUGGCAUAGAAAGUGUCAGGGAUGCUGAGGCUGGGGUGUAUGGACAGAGGACCAUGGGGCAGUUCCUGAGGAAGGAAAACAUGCCACGUGCUUUCGGGGAAUAUGAAGAUCCCGAUGGCUGGUGUGGAGUCUCUGUGUCCGCACACUACCUGACUGACUGCCUGCUAGAUGAGUUCAGACGUCAAGAGCCAGCCAUGUCCAAACUCCUCCAGGGCACUUUUGGGGAGGUCUUCAGGUCUGACCACACCAGGAAAGUGGCAAGAAAAGUAACGUUGGCAUCUGGGGUCAUGUCCAGUUAUGCCGUAAUGAAUGAGAACUGGCUGAUUGUUUCCUGGGUGAUGGUUCAGUCUGAGACUGAGAGGUCCUUGGAGCCGAUGUAUCAGGGAAUGGCCAAGAGGUACAGCGACGCUGGAGUGGAAAAGGCAGGCUACCACUGGAUGGACAGGGAUUGCUGUGCUCCGUUUAAGAUCCCGGACUGCAUUCCCGGUGAACAUCGACAAUUGGAUGCGUGGAAGACUACUCCCUCCAUUAUUGCUGCGGCCACCUCUGGACCACUGGCAAACACUUGUGCGUCACGGGUACAUUACAACCCCAACAUGGUUGUGAAACUGGACUUGUUCCACUGCCUGAGGCGCUUUACACGGGAGUGCACCUCUGAGCAUCAUCCCCUGUUCAGCACUUUCUGCCAGCUCCUCUCCGCUGCCUUCUCUGUGGUUGAUCAGGCGGACCUAAAGAAGCUCCGGGACGCCUAUGAGUUCUGUGGUAUCCAUCCAGCCAAUCCCACCAAACAGCACAUAAGAGAGCACUGCAGGACCAAAGUUCCACAACCCAUGGAGCUGCUGGACAGGGUGGAGAAAGUCCUGAAACAUUUUCACCUGGCCACGGACCCCAACAAUGUCCCACUCUUCAAGUCAUCCAUGCUGAAGACAUGGCGCAUACAACGAGUGCACAUUCUCCGUGGUUGCCUCAGUGACCCUGAACUCUCCGAGGGCAUAAUGUACAGGUAUGGUGGAACUCUUCAGCUGAACCAUGUGCCUGGUGAAGGUGCCAAAGUCCCCAUCUGGAUACCUGUCAGAGGUACAUCACAGCAGGAGGGGUACCACUUUCAUCAGGCUCAGUGGAUCACCGGGACUCAUGUCUCCCCUGAAUUGUUCCAGGCCCAGGGCAUGACAGGGGUGACGCGGUGGAACUACCAGCGGCUGGUGGACCUUAAACAGCCAGGUGUCAUCCUGCCUGCUGUUUUUGAUCCAGCUUUAACAGCUGAGCUGAACUUGGCCUCCUUGAGUGUGACUGGCCAGGAGAAGUACCCCGCACUCCACCUCUCUGACAGAGACACCGGAGAGAGGUUUGGCCUGGAGUACAGAGAGCCAGGCUGUCGUCCAGUCCCUCUGGAUUGGGACAAACACCGAUCCCAAAAGAGAGACAAACCAGCUGCUCCUGCGCCUCCGUCCCCUGUGCAGACAUCCGCUCCUGCCCUAGUUCCAGACACAGCACCCUCCCCCAGCUUGACACUGCUCUCUGGCGUGACAUCCCCUGGAGCAGCACCAUCCGUCGGCCACGUUCACUCUGCCAGUACGCUGCUAAAGCAGGAGAUGCCAUCAGGAGAUGACCAGGAACAUCCAGUACCAAUGGAAAUCUCACAUGCCCUGCCCCUGCCACUGAGGUCCACACCAAGAGGUGCCCGCACAGGACCCAUUAAAACAGGUGGCCGGGUUUUUGUGUUGGACCACACACGCUGGACGCCACCCAUGAAAGAUGCAAUCGACGGCUUGUUGCAGAAGUACCGUGGGGAGAAGGACAUGCUGCAGCGUGUGGAUCAGGAGUAUGCAGACAUGGUUCAUCGGUCUGCCUCAGAUCCUAAUAGCUUGCUGCACCCCACAACCAGGUUGCACAUAUCCCGCUACGUGAAGCACCUGGCAAAACUUCUCAACACCAGUUCUUCUUUGAACACUAGCCAGGAAAAACUUCUGCAGACUCAGCAACUGUGGCACUCUUUAUCAGAGGGGAGUGAGACAGCUAGUGUUCCGGUGGUCACCUUGAAGCCAGCUGUUGUUAAUCCAAGUGCGCCUGCCCUCUCUACACCUCUGACACAAGACUCUAUUGAGAAAAUUGUGGAGAGCAUCUUGGAGAGGCAGCAGCACCAGCAGCAGCAGCAGCAGCAGCAGCAGCAACAGCAGAAAAAAAGGCACACAAAGACCUGUCUUGCCUGUGGACAGCCAAAGUCUCAGUAUGAGACUAAUGAACUGUCCGUGCACUUUUUUUACCAGCGAGGGCCUGUGCGCUAUUUCUAUUGUUCGCAGAAGGUGUACCAGAGCUACGCUGCUGAUGGACUCUCUAACCCCAAAAUGUCCUUUGAAGAAUUUGAAAAGACAGAAUUCUUCCACAGAGAGCUGGAGGCCACCACAAAACGGGUGGAGGAAAAAAAUGAAAAUAAGAGGAAAAGGCCAGACUCCCAGAAAACAGGCCGCCUCUGCAGAUUCUGCCGCAUGGACCUGAAACAGGGACCAAACAGCCCACACAUUCAUACAGGCUUCCCUGGUGUGGCAGGGAAAUACAUUUACUGCCCAUCUAAAGUGUAUUCUCUGUACAGAGAGAAAGGCAUGGCCAAGGUGAUGAACUGGAAGGAGUUUCAGGCCUCUCCUUUCUAUGAGGCAGAGAGACAAAGAUGGGUGGAGGAAAGAAAUAAAUAGUUGGCAUGUACAUACAAGUGUUGAGUAGAGAAAACUAUUGUUCUGUAUGUUCAUAUAUUCUCUCUAUUUAUACUGGUAAAUAUGAUUAAUGUAUAUUUGUAAAUAUGUAAAUUGUAUGCACAUAGUUUGGAAUAUUUUGUCAUGCAUAUGUACAUAGUGGUCUCGUGUUUACAGUCAUUUGUCAUUUUCAUUCAGCCUUUGUAAAAAGUUAUUUGAAAGCUGUCCUUAAAUAUUCCAUAUUAUUUCUUCUCUUUAUGAUUAUAGUCUAAGGUUUGUGUGAAACACUGCACAAACUCCUCACGCUAUCAGACUUUUCUAGCAUUUUUUUCUCACACUUUUAUUUAAUGUCCAUAGUAACUGCUUCACUCAUAAUUUCCAUAUUGUAAAUAUUGCAAUUGUCAGUACAGUUUGCU